AGCUUAUAUACCCCAUCUGCUGCCGAGCUUUUCCGCUCACUGUCCCCGCUGUCCUAUGAACCGUUGUCCCGUGCUGCAUCCUUGAUCUACCGAAACCGUGAAGAUGGCGGCCCGGGUCGUAAUAUUUUUCAAGACCAUGCAAGCGGCGCGAUGCCCGACAGAUGAGCUGUCGCUGACUAAUUGUGCCGUGGUGAGCGAGAAAGAUCUGCAGUCAGGACAACAUGUGACUGUGAAGACAACACCCAACCACAAGUUUGUGUUUACAGUCAAGACCCACCACACUGUUGCACCUGGAAGUAUCGCCUUCAGCCUGCCUCAGAGGAAAUGGGCCGGUCUCUCCAUCGGCCAGGAGGUGGAAGUGUCCAACUACAACUUUGACAAGUCCAAGCAGUGCAUUGGCGCCAUGACAAUCGAAAUUGACUUCCUGCAAAAGAAGAGCACUGACUCCUCUCCCUAUGACUCAGACAAGAUGGCUGCCGAAUUCAUCCAGCAGUUCAACAACCAGGCCUUCUCUGUCACCCAGCAGCUGGUAUUCAGUUUCUGCGACAAGCUGUUUGGCUUGAUGGUGAAGGAUAUCGAGGCUAUGGAUGCCAGCAUCCUCAAAGGAGAGCCAGCCUCUGGAAAGAAACAGCAGAAGAUCGACAUUGGGCUGAUGGUGGGCAACAGUCAGGUGAUUUUUGAGAAGGCAGAGAAUUCUUCCCUCACACUAGUCGGUAAGGCAAAGACCAAGGAGGCACGACAGACAAUCAUCAACCCAGACUGGAACUUUGAAAAGAUGGGAAUUGGAGGUCUGGACAAGGAAUUCUCUGACAUCUUCCGCAGAGCCUUUGCUUCCCGAGUCUUCCCUCCAGACAUUGUGGAGCAGAUGGGGUGUAAGCACGUGAAGGGCAUCUUGCUGUUCGGCCCUCCAGGAUGCGGUAAAACACUGAUGGCCAGGCAGAUUGGCAAGAUGCUCAACGCCCGUGAGCCAAAGGUCGUCAAUGGCCCAGAGAUCCUCAACAAAUACGUGGGAGAGUCUGAGGCCAACAUCCGCAAACUGUUUGCUGAGGCAGAGGAGGAGCAGAAGAGGCUGGGAGCCAACAGCGGCCUCCAUAUCAUCAUCUUUGAUGAGCUGGAUGCCAUCUGCAAGCAGAGAGGCACAGGUGCCAGCAGCACGGGCGUGCACGACACUGUGGUCAACCAGCUUCUGUCUAAGAUUGACGGUGUGGAGCAACUCAACAACAUCCUGGUCAUCGGUAUGACCAACAGACCUGACCUGAUAGAUGAUGCCCUGAUGAGGCCUGGCAGAUUUGAGGUCAAGAUGGAAAUUGGUCUGCCUGAUGAGAAGGGCCGUGUCCAGAUCCUGACCAUCCACACCAACAAGAUGCGAAGCUUCAAUCUGCUGGCUCUUGACGUUAACAUCAAGGAACUGGCAGCUGAGACCAAGAAUUACAGUGGUGCAGAGUUGGAGGGCCUGGUCCGGGCCGCUCAGUCCACCGCCAUGAACCGACAUAUCAAGGCUACAUCUACAGUUGAGGUGGACAUGGAGAGGGCAGAGAAGCUGCAGGUCACCAGAGCUGACUUCCUGGGAUCCCUCAACAAUGACAUAAAACCAGCCUUUGGUACAAACCAGGAGGACUACUCCAGCUACAUCAUGAAUGGCAUCAUCAAAUGGGGCGACCCAGUCACUCAUGUUCUGGAUGAUGGAGAGUUGCUGGUGCAACAGACUAAGAACAGUGAUCGUACACCACUGGUGGCUGUGUUAUUGGAGGGUCCACCCCAUAGUGGAAAGACAGCCUUGGCAGCCAAGAUUGCAGAGGACUCGCAGUUCCCCUUCAUUAAGAUCUGCUCUCCAGACAAGAUGAUUGGACACUCAGAGAUCUCCAAGUGCCAGGCAAUCAAAAAAGUCUUUGAUGAUGCUUAUAAAUCCCAGCUCAGCUGCGUGGUAGUGGAUGAUAUUGAGCGUCUGCUGGACUACGUCCCUAUUGGUCCUCGUUUCUCCAACUUGGUCCUUCAGGCUCUGCUCGUGCUGCUGAAGAAAGCUCCACCCAAGGGUCGGAAGCUACUCAUCAUUGGCACCACCAGCAGGAAGGACGUGCUGCAGGAGAUGGAGAUGUUGGACGCCUUCAGCACCACCAUCCACAUUCCCAACAUCUCUACUGGGGAACAACUAGUUGACGCCUUAGAGCUGCUGGGGAGCUUCACAGAUAAAGAGCGGGCCAGCAUCGCACAGCAGCUCAAAGGAAAGCGCGUCUGGAUCGGCAUCAAGAAACUCCUCGUGCUCAUCGAGAUGUCACUGCAGAUGGACCCAGAUUACAGAGUGUCCAAGUUCCUGUCUCUGCUCAGAGAUGAGGGGGCUGACCGCAGCUUCUAUGAGUAGAGGGGCUCGAAGAAUGAACCAAGCAUCUUGCCAUCAACAAGCCACCCACAGGACAAAGUAAGGAAGAGGAGAAGAAGAAGGAGAAGAAGAGAUCUUCCUCCUGUCUAUUCACCCACUGAUCCAUUUGUUCAUCUAUCUAAAUACACUCCUGGUCUAAGAGAGGCACAUACCCGUCCUCUUUAUCUCAGCAUGUUUCCAUAGGCAGUAUCACUCUAUCACCUUCCUCCUACUGAUCCCCAUUGUCAACUAUUGACAUAUCACAGCAAACUACUGGAAUUCAUACUGUUACAAAUCUGUUAUCUGUAAAGAAACUGCAAUAGAUGAUUGUAAAAAAAAAGUGCUGUUUUGUGCAUCAUGCAUAAAAAGAACAAAAGAGUCAUGUAUGUUUUUAGCUAUAGUAUUUGAUGUAUUUGUUGCAUAUCUAUUGUCUAGCUGAAGGUAGUUAUUGUUAGUGCGAUAUGUGUUAGUGCGAUAUGUAUCCUAACACAAGCAGAAUACAUCUAAAAGUGAUAUAAAUCCCAAAGCCAUUUGAAAAUUAAGAAUCUAUGAGCGGCUUUUAGUGAAUAUGUUGUGGCUGUAAAAAAGGAGCUGUUCCAUGUGUAAAUGUAAUCCCUUUAAAUAUACAGUAUGUUCAUGUUCUGUAAAUAGUAUAUAUAGACAAAAUGAACUAUAUCAUGAAAAUAAUUUAAAUGAUCAGUCUCAAGUCAGUUUGGUACUUUAUCAGUAUGAUUCUUCUUCCCUGUUGCUCCGGAGAUAUUGACUUUACCAGGUUACUGUAUUAGUGAAAGUAAAUGUUGGAUUGUUGGCCUGUCUGUCUGUGUUGCGUACAGUACAGUUCAGUCUAGCUAGUGUAGCUAUGGAAUCAUCAGUGUUAAAAAUAAAAAUUGAAAAAAUCUGCACUUGUAACAUCGACUCAAAAAAAAAAAACCUUUAGUACUUAUCUCAGCGGUUCUCAAGCUUGUGUCCACUCGUGUGCAUGUGUGGGGAACUAAGUGCUGCAUGUGUCCAGUGUGUAUGCAAGUGUGUGUGAGUGUGAUGGCAGAAUAGGUGUAUUUGAGUGUGUGUGCGUGCGUGUAUGUGUGUGUGUGUGUGUGUGUGUGUGUGUGCAUCUGAAUCCAGGUUUGGAAAGUCGGUGGUUAAUUUAUGGGGUUUUUUUCUCAUGUCACGUGUUCAGUGCUUGUUGUCCAAAGCUCUUGUUUUAUUCUGACCAUCGUUGAUGUGUGUAUGUAUGUGUAUGUGUAUGUGUGUGUGUGUGUGUGUGUGUAAAUAUAUAUCAACAUGCAGAUGUAUUAUUGCAAUAAAAAACACAGAUGCACAAGAAAGACA